GAUACUACAUAUUUUGCGGUAAAUGUAAAGUACCAGUGAUUUCGACAUAUCUGCACUAUAAGAUGCAAGCGUUGGUGCUAGGAAUACAAAUCACCUUUAACGUGUUUAACUGAAGACAUCUAAGACAAAGAUAUUACAAUAAUUAGUACUUAAUCGAAUAAAAUAAAGGUUCUAAUUCGACAUGAAAUUUACUGUUACUUCAUUGUGCUUAUUGCUGAUAGCAAUAGUAGCGGUAACAAACGCUACAGGUGACAAAAAGAAGCCACAACCUUGGGAAGUACAUCCAGAUGUCAGCGGUGAUGGCAAAAAUGUUAAUGCAGGUGUAGAAGUAAAGAAAAAUGGUGAGAAUCACGAUUUUGAAGCUGGCUGGAACAAGGUUGUCCAUGGACCUAACAAAGGAAAGCCAACUUGGCAUGUUGGUGGUACUAUACGAUUUAAAAGAUCGCCAAAACCAGAUUGGGAAGUACAACCUGGAGCAAACGGUGAUGGAAAUGGUAAUACUAACGCUGGUGUAGAAGUAAGAAAUAAGGGCAAAGAUCAUGACUUUCAGGCUGGAUGGAACAAAGUUGUCCAUGGACCCAAUAGAGCUAAACCGACAUGGCAUGUAGGUGGUAGCUUCAGAUUCAAGAGAUCACCAAAACCAGAUUGGGAAGUACAACCUGGAGCAAACGGUGAUGGAAAUGGUAACACUAACGCUGGUGUAGAAGUAAGAAAUAAGGGCAAAGAUCAUGACUUUCAGGCUGGAUGGAACAAAGUUGUCCAUGGACCCAAUAGAGCUAAACCGACAUGGCAUGUAGGUGGUAGCUUCAGAUUCAAGAGAUCACCAAAACCAGAUUGGGAAGUACAACCUGGAGCAAACGGUGAUGGUAAUGGUAACACUAACGCUGGUGUAGAAGUAAGAAAUAAGGGCAAAGAUCAUGACUUUCAGGCUGGAUGGAACAAAGUUGUCCAUGGACCCAACAGAGCUAAGCCAACAUGGCAUGUAGGUGGUAGCUUCAGAUUCAAGAGAUCACCAAAACCAGAUUGGGAAGUACAACCUGGAGCAAACGGUGAUGGUAAUGGUAAUACUAACGCUGGUGUAGAAGUAAGAAAUAAGGGCAAAGAUCAUGACUUCCAGGCUGGAUGGAACAAAGUUGUCCAUGGACCCAAUAGAGCUAAACCCACAUGGCAUGUAGGUGGUAGCUUCAGAUUCAAGAGAUCGCCAAAACCAGAUUGGGAAGUACAACCUGGAGCAAACGGUGAUGGUAAUGGUAACACUAACGCUGGUGUAGAAGUAAGAAAUAAGGGUAAAGAUCAUGACUUUGAGGCUGGAUGGAACAAAGUUGUCCAUGGACCCAACAGAGCUAAACCAACAUGGCAUGUAGGUGGUAGUUUCAGAUUCAAGAGAUCACCAAAACCAGAUUGGGAAGUACAACCUGGAGCAAACGGUGAUGGAAAUGGUAACACUAAUGCCGGUGUAGAAGUAAGAAAUAAGGGCAAAGAUCAUGACUUCCAGGCUGGAUGGAACAAAGUUGCCCAUGGACCCAACAGAGCUAAACCAACAUGGCAUGUAGGUGGUAGCUUUAGAUUCAAGAGAUCACCAAAACCAGAUUGGGAAGUACAACCUGGAGCAAACGGUGAUGGAAAUGGUAAUACAAAUGCUGGUGUAGAAGUAAGAAAUAAGGGCAAAGAUCAUGACUUCCAGGCUGGAUGGAACAAAGUUGUUCAUGGACCCAACAGAGCUAAACCAACAUGGCAUGUAGGUGGUAGUUGGAAGUUUUAAAAUUAUAUUUAUUUAUUGGUAUUUAUUAUAGCUAUUAUUUAUUUUUUGUAUGAAAUAAAAUUAAAUUUUUUUCUAUAAAA